CUUUUGCCUCUCAAGAAUCGUAUAUAAGAAUUGACCUAGUUACACAAUAGAAGAUGAAGGUUCGCCGAUAGGUAUAGUGCUAAAUAUCUGGGAAUCAAGCUUCUCAUCUAAGUCUGAUUAUUAUCAUAAUACGAACAAGAUGAACGCCAUCGUCUCCUUCGUCGCCGUUAUUUCCAUGCUUAGCAUGGGAAUGGCCAACCCAAUUGCUAAGGCGAGCCCUAGCAUAACGUUUACGUCCCCGGCCAACGUAACGGGUAGCAUGACACUCUGGGCUCCCUCGAGGGCAACUGGUAGCGCAACAUCUUCCGUCCCAGCCGAUGUCACGGGAAUCGUGUCGCUACCGUACUUUCCACCCAGCCUAUCCGGCAGCGCAACAUCUUCGGCUCCAGCCGAAGUGACCGGCAGCAUGUCGCUACCUUAUUUCCCCCCUGAUGUAACUGGCAGCGCAACAAUAUGGGCCCCCACCAAUGUCACGGGGAGCGCUACUAUUUACUCUCCUACCUCUACUCCGUCCUCUCUCUAAGGUCUCAACAACUAGCUGU